AUUCACUCAUCACUCUCUUUCUCUCCUCUUCUUAUAUUCUUCUUCUUCUCCUUUUCUUUCUCUUCUCUCUAUCUUAUUUUUUUCUCUUAAUUAUUCUUAUUCUUACAUAUAUUUAAUUUAAUAUUUCACACCCUUAAGAAAAAUUUCUGUGACACACAUGAAUCUAUAGAAAGAAAAAAAGAACAUAUUUGAUUGAUCAUUAAACAAAACAAACAAAAACAUGGAAAAGAUUCAAAUGAUGUUGUUCUUGUUCUGUUUUUUUAUUUUUGUUAUGCCUUGUUACUCUGUUUCACCUAGAAAUUUUCCUAUUAUACCUUUUGAUGAAGGGUAUACACCUUUGUUUGGAGACCAUAACUUGAUCAUUCAUUCUGAUUCCAAAGCUGUUCAUCUCUUACUUGAUGAGUCUUCAGGCUCUGGAUUUGCUUCUCAUGAUCUUUACCUUCAUGGUUAUUUCAGUGCUUCCAUUAAAUUACCUUCUGAUUACACUGCUGGAGUUGUGGUUGCAUUUUAUUUGUCAAAUGGUGACAUGUAUGAGAAGAACCAUGAUGAAAUAGACUUUGAAUUUUUGGGAAACAUAAGAGGCAAAGAUUGGAGGAUUCAAACAAAUGUUUAUGGAAAUGGAAGUACAAACAUUGGAAGAGAAGAAAGAUAUGGUUUAUGGUUUGAUCCUUCAGAGGAAUUUCAUCACUAUAGUAUUCUUUGGACAGAUUCUAAGAUAAUAUUUUAUGUAGAUGAUGUUCCUAUCAGAGAAGUAAAGAGAACUGAGUCAAUGAGAGGAGAUUUUCCAUCAAAGGCUAUGACUUUGUAUUCUACCAUAUGGGAUGCAUCUACUUGGGCUACCAAUGGAGGAAAAUACAAAGUAAACUACAAAUAUGCACCCUAUAUUGCUGAAUUCUCCGACUUUGUCCUACAUGGUUGUGCAGUUGAUCCUAUUGAGCAUGUGACCAAGUGUGACAGUGCUCAAAGUUCAGAAACUGUACCUUCUGAUGUUACACAACUAGAAAGAAUCAAAAUGGAGAACUUUAGGUUGAAACACAUGACAUAUUCUUACUGUUAUGACAAAACUAGAUAUAAAGUCCCUCUACCGGAGUGUGUGAUCGAUUCGCGACAAGCUGAAAGGCUGAGAAAAUUUGAUCCUGUUACAUUUGGUAAUGGCCGGCACCGCCGUGGAAAGAGACAUCACCAAAACAAAGUUACUUCGUUUUAGUGCAUGUUUGGAUUCAGAACGAGUUAAACAAAAUCAAAAUUAUGGUGGAUCCAUGUGAUUCUGCGAAAAUCGAUGUCCAAACAAACAUGCACUAAAACAAAUAGUAUGUUACAAUAUGAAGAUUUUGUCAUACAAGAAAUAUGUUAUCAUAAUCUCUUUUGCCUUUCAUUUUGGUGUAUAGAGUUAAGAGGGGAUUGAGCAUACAAGUCCAUAAUAGUUAUAUGAUUAUUAUUAAUGCUGGUGGGUUAUUACUUACUGUAUAGUUCACCAUCUCUUUAGGUUCUUAGGUAAUUUUAUCAUUUAAUGUGGUCUAUUUUUAUUAUAAAUUGAAUCUUAUGAUGAUUUAUGUAACCCCUUUGUGUCAUGUAAUCUAUAAAUUGAAUGACUUUACAUCCUUUAAUACAAA